AUGUGCGAUCCUUUCAACAUGGAGCUGGUUCCACUCACCAGGCUUCUGCAGGGGAAGAGGGUGGUGCUGGGGAGCAGCUCCCCCAGGAGGCGGGACAUCCUGUCCUCCAUGGAGUCCCUGGAGAAGGCGAGAUUUCCAGCUACGCCCGAAUAUGCCCGGGAGACAGCAAAGCUGAAGGCUCUGGAGGUGGCGUCGCGGCUGAGGCUGCACAGGGCCUUGGAUGGCUUCAUCCUGGAGAAGCCAAAGGACAAGGAUGAUGCCUACAGGAUGCUGCGCAGGCUGAGUGGCCAGCAGCACAGUGUCAUCACCGGUGUGGCCAUCUUGAGGCCACUGUGGCAGAGGCAGCUUCAGGAGCUGAGUUCCACAUGCCCAGAGGCCCCAGAGGUGGAAGGGGACCCAGAAGCAGAAGUGGAAUUGUCACUGUUCCAUGAAGAGACCCGUGUGACAUUCUCGCGGCUAUCGGAGCCACGGCUCUGCGAAUACGUGGAGAGCGGGGAGCCUCUGUGA